AUGAACCGCAACCUUCUCAUUGCUCUCAUCGUCUUCACCAUCAUCGCCAGCUUCUGCUACUCGCAGAACUCGUCCCAAAAAGUGGAUAUCUACGACAUCUUCUCGGAUGCUCCUUUGAUGUACACGUCGAAUUCGACGGAAGCACCGUCGUCGGAGGCGACGUCGAUCGAAGCACCGACGACGGAGGCGACGUCGAUCGAAGCACCGUCGACGGAGGCGACGUCGAUCGAAGCACCGUCGACGGAGACGACUCCAUCAAACCUGCGCGUGUUCUUCACCAACCGCAUUGAUUGCGUGAUUUCCGCUGCCUGCGCCAUCUUUCUCGUUUCUUUAGUUCCCUUCAUCUGCUGGUGGCAAAAGAAGUACAAUCAAUUGAUAUUGUCUUACCUUGUUGAAUAA